AUGCUCCCUUCACAGGGCCGUGUUGUGCGAGGAAUUUACAAGCUGUCGAUAUUUUUCAUAUCAUGUUUGCUGUUCAACGGCCUUGUGCGUGUUCACAAUGAUGCGAAUGCGCACCCAUCAGUAAUCACGAGAAAAGAAUGUCACGCUCUUCGAAAUUUGCCUAGUCGUAUAAUGCGCUCCGAUAGCUUUAAUCGAGAUCUCACGGUAACAUUCGAGCACACUCUCCUUGGAGCGAGAUGUUUCUACCGAGUGGAUGCUCCAUGGACUGUUGGCGGGUUCAUUGUUGGGGAGAACAAUGUGACCUUAAUUGAACAGGAGAAGUUAACCACUGACAUAUCGUCUCCCUUAAUCGUGUCAGAAUUGGAAUACUGGACGAAACGUCUUCAUACUAAUCCAUUCCUGCAAAUGAGAGUUGUUUGUGGGCCUUCCUACGACGAAGAAUCAGAUUGUUAUUCAUCAGAAAGAAGUUAUGCACAAUACUUUGACUCAAACUGUUCGCGUUCAUGGGAUGGCGUUGAUGGUGACGAUGAGCUGUCAGCUUGUUCUGAACGGGAUGAACUUGUCACUCAAAAAGUUGAGGUGAAGCGUACAAUUGAUCCGUACCUUGGUAUAUUCAGUCCAGACGAUGCAGGAAAAUACGUCAAUCACAUCAGAACAAUAGAAACAAUUUUUCAUCCUCUAAAAGCCAUGGGGAGAUUGAACCUCGUGCUCGUGCAAAACUGGUUACGACUUGAAAUCCCUCCAACGAUAAUAUACCGUAUUUGUUCGGGCGUUUCUCCUCGAGAAUUUGGCGACGAAUCACCAACUACAUUAAGAGAGAACCAAGAUUUGAAGUACUGCGCUUUUGGUGCUCUCACUGAGGUUGAAAAAAUGGGUUGGAUAACCGUCGUGGACCAAACUCAGACUGACAGAUGUAUUAUCUGUGAAAGAUCCUUCAAAAAUAUGUAUUCACUUUUGUUACAUUAUCAUCUCUCAUAUCCGCGACUGAUCUUUCAGCUGAAUUUCCGUACUGAUCCGCAGCAAGAUGAACGUUGGCAUCGUCUUCAUAUCGACGUAUUUCUUAACCCGGAUUUUGACGAUGUGCAUGAAGUGCCUUCGUGCGGAAACCGGGGUUUCAUAAGAGCUAAAGAUCUCAUAUACACUUGGACCCGCGAUCAGGCGAUCGAGCUGAAGUCAAAAGCUCGCAUGGAUCUUACAAUUUUUUGUGAUGCGUUGAAAUCUGCAGGGCAAUCGCUCGAUGAUCCCGUCGAAGAACAGAGAUUCAUACAUCCUGAAUCUGGGCGAUGGCUUUAUCGAGGUGAACGCCUUCCACAUUAUGCUCGACAUCUUCCAGCUCCCGGUCACGAAGUUCUCGCUCAUAGUACAACUCGACGUCUCCUGGAUUUUGUUGAUCUGUCUGAUGGUAGCAAAUGGUUCAUGAUAACGUGGAAUACAAUGAUGGUGACAAUGGGGAAAGCACGAUGCGAUGAAGCCGGUCAUUCCAAGAGCAAUCGUCUUUUUCUGGAACUUCAUAUGGAUGCUAUGGUGCGCUAUGGGCAACGAAGCCAUUUUCUUUAUCAAUUGAACACGCAUACAACAAGAGGUCGUCCUAUAGCUGACUUGGAAGAUCUUGUUCUCAGAACUACAAGAUAUCCUUGGGAUUGGAAACGUAGUUAUUUCCUUUGCCUUGGUGUUGUAGUAUUGUUUGCGUUUGCUACAAUGAAAUUUGCGAGUUGUUUGAACAGGAUAUCGAUCAUCAGAUUCUCAUUAAUCAUGGAAAUCACUUGUUAUCUUGAAGAAUACGCAAAAAGUCAAUUUCCUGGAGAUCAGUCAAUUGCAUGUAAUACAGUAGAGGAUGUAUCAAAAUGA